UAUUGGACUACCGACACGAAUUAGGCAAUUUCAAACUUACCUAACCUCCUAAAUUGAAUAAUAUUCGUUGAUACACAAAACUACCACCCUAAUUUGUAACUACACAUCACAAAAUACUUAACAAAACGUAUAAAAUACGCAAAUUCUUUGGUUUUAACAAAAUACUGUAAAAUUUAUUUAACCUAUGCUAUGCGAGUCGAAAUGUAAUUUUAGCAGUUGGCUGAGAACACAAAUGAAAGCGAACGUCAAGGCCACGACAAGAUCGGACCGUUCGAUAAAGUUCGGGUUCGGCCCUGGUGUAAAGUGAAAAGUGACGAAAUAAACGUCAGAAAUCAAUUUAAACAGAUAUGGUAAAGUUAAAAGAAAACCUUCUACAACAACUUGACGAAUUGGAAACGUUACAGUCGAUGUUCUGCAAUCCUGGAGAAAUUAAAGUGGACUUUCCGAGUUUCUACGAAAUAAAAGAGUUCACACAAGACAACAUGCCUCCUCCCAGCGGUAACCUAGAUUACUCUAUCAACAUUGCAAUGGACGACAUAAAGUUCGAAAUAUGCGUGGAACUACCUCACGAAUACCCAGAUGUUAUUCCGGAAAUAUCGAUUAGGAACUCUAGUUUGACCAGACAACAACACACGGCUUUAAAUAAGGAAAUAGGUGCGUUUUUGGGGAGCUUAGAUAGAGGGGAACCGUGUAUAUUCUUAGCUGUUACAUGGCUUCAGGAAAACUACGAAAAAUACAUCGAAACUAAAGCGGAAAUCUCAGUGGAUGAUAAUACGAAAAACGAGGACUUGGUGCGGUAUUGGAUUUACGCGCACCACAUCUACAGCAAGACUAAAAGGCGGGAAAUAUUGGAACAAGCUCACAACCACUCGCUAACCGGUUUCUGUUUACCCGGUAAACCGGGAAUAAUUUGCAUAGAAGGUCCAAUAUCAGAUUGCGACAGCUGGUGGCAAAUUAUUAAAUCUAUGACUUGGAAGAAAAUCUUCUGCAAAUGUACCGAAGAAAAUAAAGAAAAAGAUGAGGCGUUUCUAAAAUUUAAGUCGUUUGAAGAAAUUAGCUUUCCCACUCACGGACACCAUGGAAACCACAGUGACAUGGGAGAAUUCAACAAAUAUCUUGAUGGGUAUAACCUGGGUUAUAUGUUUAAGGAUAUUUUUGGAAUUGAGGCUAAAAAUCCUUGAUAUUAAUCAAAGUAUUGUGUUAUUGCCAUAUUUUUACUUUUGUAUUAGGUUCUUUCCAUACAAAAUCAACCAGGCAAAUUUUAUUUACAGUUUCUCUUUUAAUUUUUGAAAAAUGGAUGAAACAUCAAUUUUUUUUUUACGAGUGACAUUGUUUCUUGAUAAUGCGAUAACUCGGCCGAAAAUGUUUCAAUCGUUACAAUUUUUUUCAAGAAAGGGAAAACAAAUUAAAACCUUUGUUCUGCUGGUAAGUGAAUAUUAAUAUUUUACUAUGAAAAUAUACGCAAUAACUUUUUAUAAAAUAAAAUUAAUAAUUGAGGUGGUUAGAAUCAAAGAGGUGUAAGUAAUUGCUCAGCAUUUUUUGGUUUUAAAACUACUAAAUAAAAACAUUGAAAUAUUUUAAAACGAUUAUAAUAGUAUAUUAAAGAACUAAUGUCAUAAGAUGUCAUUUUGUCGCACGCGGACAAUUUAUUGAAAUGGACGAGUGCGACAAAAGAUCUUAUGACAUGAGUUCUUUAUGCUAUUUUAUCAAUUUUGCAAAAAAUCUAUAAAAAAAAUUAAUUUUAUACCUUAAAUUUAAUUUGGUCGAAUUUUACUUUAAAUAGUUGGUAUCACAGUCAUUGAUUUGACAUUUAAUGUCAAAAUCGAUUCGCAAUGCCGUCCUUAAUUUACUUAUUUACAAUAAGCGGCUGUUAAUG